AUGCCGUUCACCCAUUCAUACGCUUCGUCCGCCAUUGCCGCCCGCUCACGUCAGGACAAGGGCGCGAACGGCGCUGCCGGCAGCAGCAGCAACAGCAACAGUAAACCCCGCAGCGACAUCCACAUCCUCAACAGCGACAGCAGCCGCAGCGUAGAUGCGUCGUCAUCACGCUACCAAAGCUCGUUGCAGUCUGCCACCAGAACAGCUUCACCUUCCGCUAGCGAGCACGACUCAGCUGCGCGCUCUCGUCUGUUCUCGUCCGGUCGCAAAUCUCCCGACCCCUUCCGUCGCUUUCGACGUCUCUCCUCGUCCAACUCUCUCAACAUUGUCACAGCUCCCCCCGCCCUCGACUCUAGCCAGUCGUUCGAUUCGCAGCAGCAGCAGAGGCAUUUUCUGUCUUCCGCCGAAGAUUCCCAGAUCCCAUCAUAUCCUGCCACAUCGCGGCGCGCGCCCUCGCCUGCUCCUCUCCACACUCCACGCUCAGCUCCUCCGCCGCUGCCCUCGUCCUCCACCAAACCUGUCCUCCAACGGCCAAAACGUACAAAGUCAUCAAGCAUCUCCAUCCUUUCUACAGGCUUGGGUUUACGAUCUCGAGACAACCACCAUUUAGAAUCAUCCUCCGACGUAGACAUCCGUCGUCGACAUCGCAAAAGCGCCUCCCUCUCCAGCUCGGAUGUCGAUUUCUCCAGUUCGGCAUUGGAUGCUCGGCGCGCUGUCACACCGCAGCCAAUGCUCCGCCCUGCUUCCCCCUCGCCUUCUUUCUCCGAAAGCGUUUAUUCAGUCCAUCAUGACCGUGUGGCCGCACCGUCGAGCUUGCCUCCAGGUUCGACAGAGCCCAAGUCCAAGCAGCACAAGCAGGCGUGGUAUCAGGCACAACAAAAAACCAUCGAGCUCGAAAACCCUUCUAAUCGCGGAGCGCAGCAUUCUGACUCGGACAGCGCAAGACUCUUUCCACUCAACGUCGCUGUUACUGACCACGUUGGGCGUGGUCAGCGCGCGCCAACAGAGUCACGAUCACCUCGCCCAGUUGUCGAGACGUUCUUGUCUGAAGAGGAGAUGCUGGCGGCCGGCAUUCACAUCAUCCGGCGGCGAGACGCCGACCCCGCGACAUCCUCUCCCAGCUCCAAAGAUUCAGCAUGCCUCCCAACGCCGCGCAUGACUGAUCAGGCUGCCAUGCCGGCUAUGCCCCCACGCUUGUGUGGAGCCGACCACCCGGACUUCCUGGAGCUCAUCGAUUCACCUGUCGACCGCAAGUCAUCGGGACCUCUGCUCGAGCAACUGGUAGACCCCUCCGCCUCGUCUGCAUCCAUGCAGCGCGCACUCUCGCACUCACGCAACAAGUCAAGCAAUGGAAGCCUCUCGAUCUCCUCCGCAAGCUCUACCGACUAUCUGCCUCAUUCUACCAACAACCUCGACGACGUCUCGUCGCUCCACAAUGGCAGCACCGGCAGUCUGAGCAGUGGAAGCAAGCAUUCAUUCUCCUUUGCCAAACUCAGACGUGCUGGCUCGAAGCAAGAGAAUGUGGCUGGCUCUCCUCGCCCAUCCACAGCCAACUCUUCCAGCGAAGAUAUAAGCAGCAACAGACCUUUCCUCUUUCCAUCGCGCAGUCAGUCGUCAGCCCAGCAGCAGCAAUCGCAACAUAACCCUUCAUCCCACGGCAGUGCCGCUGCACCCGGUUAUCUCACACCGGGUCCGGGUCCGUCGGCGUCUCCCUUCCUUAACAAGCACUCUGCCACAGUCGGGCGUGCUUCUCGCAGCACAAGCACUGGAGAUACGGCAAAGAAUGGCCUCGCUCAGGUCUUCAAUGGUCGUGGCUCUUCUGCUGCCACCGUUGGUGCCUCGUCCGCCGGGGCCUACCACGCUCCUUCUAGAAGUAACGGCCUCCCUCCGCCCAAACCGCCCAAACCCAAACCCAGCUUGUUGAAGGCUUUCCCGCGUUCCAGCGGUGGGGAAAGUAGCUCGACAUUGGGCUCCGUCUCGGCACCCAAUACCUCAAAGGAAUCCUUGUUCAGGUCGCCAAGGAACAAUGGCCUCCUUUCCGGCGACAUGCUGCAACCUCCAGCAAGCGCGGGAGCAGGCAACGGCGUUUAUCGCAACAUUGCGCACUCAUGCUCUCAAGAAGCCGUGGCUAAAGCCCGGCUGGAUGCAGAGGCGCUUCGCACGUCCGCAGGCACACCGCUGCCACCACCGCGCAGACUCAACCAGACGCGCGGUGGCUUUGCCAGUGCGGCUGCAGGUGGGCCAGGGGGCCUACCAGCGAUGGGAAGGACCAUUUCGGGCAGCGGAGGUGGUGGCGUUGUUGGCGCUCUGGGUCACGUUGGUCAAUUGGGUGCUGCCGUGGGCCGAAGAGGAUGGGAUUUCAUGAAGACGCUGCAAAACUCCAACAGCAAUCCUUCGGGUGUUGUCGCAUCUUCCGGUCGCUUCGGUGGUGGUGGUGGUGAUACUGCUGGUUAUCGUAACGGCAGCUACUCUGCUGCUGAGAACGAGCCAACACGGCAGUGGCUGUUGCUGCUCGAUGGCCCAGACUCUGCCGCUGUGCGAGCUGGACCGGGUAGCGUCUUCGGCGCGCCCCUCCAAGACGUUGUGCUUCGAUCUCGUCUCUCGAGCAUCAAUUCCGAGGGCAACGAUCAACUUGGCGUACCCGACCUGGGCCAAGAGUUUAGCGCCAACUUCCUCUUGUCGCCGCGCUCCACACCGCGUGCAUCGGUGGCCGGCGCUGCGGCCAGCGAGCCGCUGAGUCGGGAAGAGGCACGCCAUUUGUUCCUGCCGCGUGUCGUCGUGCGCUGCAUCCAGAGUCUCGAAAAGUGGGGCCCUUCCGAAGAAGGCAUCUACAGAAUCAGCGGACGCAGCAGUCACACAGUGAAAUUGCGCUCGUACUUCUCUGACCCACGCAAUGACCUGCGACUCGACGAGAUCAAUCCUGCCGAUCUCGACAUUAACUCGGUCUGCAGUCUACUCAAGAGCUAUCUCAGAGAGCUUCCGGAGCCGCUCAUCCCUCUAGCGCAGAGUCAAGCGCUCGAUCAGGCAGUAGGUCGCCUGCUUGCUGACGCUCCAGAUGCAGCUGCUCUCGUGGCGGCGGCAGGCGCAGGGAGUGGAAGCGGCGGAAAGGCCACCGAAGCACGCACAGCCAACAUGGAUGCGAACAAGGUCGCAAACGAAUUGAGCCCAUUGAUGCGCCAACUUUCCAUACACAAUUGGUAUCUGCUUCGCGAGUUAACAGAGCAUCUGGGAAUGCUGGCUCAGCCGGAUGUGGUAGCCCGGACAAAGAUGCCCAUCAGCAAUCUGACGUUGGUGCUGGCGCCGACCGUGAGCAUCUCGUUGCCGGUGCUGCAGGUGUUGGUGCGAUAUCGCCAGGCUGUCUUUGUCGGUCCUCUGCCUGUCGAAGAUUUCAAUGCGGUUGCUCCUUCCUCUGUUGCAGGGGCCUCUGUUACAGCUGUCGGCCCUCCGGCGAGUGCGCUGGUGAAGGAGCAGGAGCUGCAGCAAUCGAAGCGAACGCAACCGCCUCCGAAACCUGCCAAGCCGGAAAAGCUCGAGUCGCCAUCGAGCCGGCUGCCUGUGACGGUGCGCAAACGUGCUUCGUCGAUGGGAUUGGGGGCGUUACUCUCUUCUCCCACGCGCAAAACAGCCGCAGCUGCGGCGGAGGACACGAAACGCCAGCACCACCGACGCACACCCUCAACAACACCAUCGAUCGAGCUGCCCGCGUACCUCGCCGAAGCCGCGGCGGCAUCGCGGCCCACCUCGCCAUCGCCUACUUCCCCCUCAUUCGCAUCGCACGACCCCUACGAGCGUCCCUCGACAUCGCUGGGACAUUUCUCAGAGCUCGCUUCGUCGCGACCAUCCCACCCGACGCUCAACCGGGAUCGGUUUGGCGGGUCGCGCGAUGCGGCUCGGCGAUUCAACGCUCUCGCGCUCCACGACGACCGUAGUAGUUCUCAACAGCGCCGGACGGCGGUAACGGUGGAAGAAACGACACCGAUCGCAAGAUACUACGCGAGGAUCAGGGAGGAGGCCGAGCGCCAACGCGAACGCGAGCAGCGCGGUGGCCCAGCUGCUGUGCAGGAUGAAGGCGGGGAGCGGGAUGGAGCCAAGACACCGCUUGGGUUAGGCGCCUCAUCGUCACUCAGCAGCAUGCCUGUCUCUGCAGCCACACCGGACAGAGGCGAACUUCGCAGAUACUGGGCGGAGAAGACGGCUUCUCCCACUUCAUCCGUUCGCAGCCCUAUUCUCGGCACAAGCGGCGGAUUCGGUGGUGAGACGAGCUCCGACGCUGGCGCAAAUCGAAGCGGCCGCACGUCGGCACUCGACCGCCCACGCCCGCCCACCUCGAGUUCCGCCAGCUUCUUUGCCGGUCGCAGUCGGCGCCAGGACUCUGCCAACGGGUUGGGCACAUUCACUGCGCGGCCCAGUGGCAGUUCGAGUUCGAUUCCAAAGCUCGUCGCUCGCUCGGACAGUGCGAGCUCAAGCCACGGGGACGUUGGCGAGCGUGCAGGGACUAGGCCGUUGAGGAUCGUUAAGAAGUCGUCGGGCGGAAGCGGUGGCAGUGGUAGUGGCACCGAGAAGCAAGAGCAGCAGCAGGCAGAGGACGAGGACGUGGAGGAUGUCGAGACGACGCCGAGGAUGCGGUGCAUCGACAGGAUGCAGGGUGAAGACGAGCCCAAGAGCGGCGAUGUCGAGGAUCAGAUCGCAAGGUACUUGAUCAACGGGCCGAGACGCGUGUAG